AUGGUCCGCCUCGCAGCCGGGCUCCUGCUUUGCGCAGCUUGCACAACAGCAGCACCUCCAAACAUACCUGGCAAAAGCAACGGCUUACAACAAGUGAUUGGCGAUCCGUCAAUAUCAAGAGCACAACCUGCGCCGCGGAAGCUGCGUGGCAGGUUCCUGCACAUCACAGACAUCCACCCCGAUCCCUUCUAUAAAUCCCGCUCCGAACCCGCAGAGCUAUGUCACUCCGGCGAAGGCCAGGCUGGAAUAUUUGGAGCGGAAGUCACGGAUUGUGACGCACCCAUUAGUCUGGUCAACGCGACCUUCAAAUGGAUCGAGGAAAAUCUGAAGGACGAGAUUGACUUUGUCAUAUGGACGGGGGACUCGGCCCGACACGACAACGACGAACGGCUACCUCGAUCAGACAGCCAGGUCCUCAAGCUCAACCGCCUCAUUGUCGAGAAGUUUGUCGAUACCUUCGGAAAGCCGGACAAUAUCGACGACCCCGACCCAACCAAUGACUUUGUCGUUCCGAUUGUCCCUACCUUUGGAAACAACGACAUCCUCCCUCACAACAUUUUCACCCCCGGACCGAACAAAUGGACGCGGGCGUAUCUCGAUGUCUGGAACCGAUUUGUUCCCCAGGCACAACGGCAUUCGUUUGCAAGAGGUGGCUGGUUCUUUACCGAAGUGAUACCCAACAAGUUGGCGGUUUUCAGCUUGAAUACCUUGUAUUUUUUUGAUUCGAAUUCUGCCGUCGAUGGUUGUGACCUGAAAUCAGAACCCGGUUACGAGCAUAUGGAAUGGCUACGGACACAACUACAGUUUCUGCGCAUCCGUGGGAUGAAGGCUAUCUUGAUCGGCCAUGUGCCGCCAGCAAGGACAGACAGCAAACAGAAUUGGGACGAGAGUUGCUACCAGAAAUAUACCCUGUGGAUGCGUCAGUACCGCGAUGUCAUUGUUACAUCUAUUUUUGGACACAUGAACAUCGAUCACUUCAUGUUCCAGGACGUCAAGGACUUGACGUACAAAUUCCACGUUGAAGGAAUCAAUGACAGAUCCGACCCCGCCAGGCAAUGGCCCGCCAGGUCACGCGACGACACGUUUAGCAUCUCCGCGAAGGCGCAAUACUUGAAUGAGUUGAGAUCGGGGUGGUCAGAACUGCCUGCACCGCCGGCGGGUGCUAUUCCCCAUGAGGACGGCAGCGUUCGUUACACCGACAAGGAUGGGUCAGGCGACGACAAAGAGUUGAAGAAGUAUUUGAAGGCGAUCGGCGGACCUUGGGCCGAGAGAUUCAGCCUUUCGCUGGUAUCCCCGAGCGUUGUUCCCAACUUCUUCCCAACCUUGCGGGUGAUGGAGUACAACAUCACAGGGCUAGAGAAUGAGCAUCCUGCGGGAGGCCCGAUCGGAGAACCGGCCGAGUACUUCCACACCGAUCUAUUCGAGGGGGAUAUUAUUGAGCAGAGCGACGACGAAGAUGACAUGGAGGUUGGUUCAGACGACGGGGUACAUGAAGCCAAAAAGAAGCACAAAAAAGGCAAGAAGAAGAAGCCCAGGAGACCUCCAUUCCCCGUGCCAAAGCCUCCCGCGAAGACCUCACCACCCGGCCCAGGCUUUUCUCCACAACCGCUUUCGCUGCUGUCAUUCACGCAGUACUACGCCAACUUGACGCAGAUCCACGAGCAAAUCCGAUCAGACGAGAAACACAAACACCACCCCGAGAGGCACUUUAAGUACAAGGUCGAGUAUACCACCAACAACGACAAGUACUAUCAGAUGAAGGACUUGACGGUCCGGUCGUGGCUGGAUCUUGCCGAGAGGAUCGGGCGGGAUUCAUUAAAGAUCAAAGAUCAGGCUGAUGGCUAUGAAUUGGUGGAGCAACACGAGCGUGAGGUCGAUCCUGAACGCAAAACCAAGAAGCUGAAGAACCGGUUAUGGAAGGAGUUCAUCAAAAGAGCUUUCGUCCAUACGAAGCCUGACGAGGAGAUCGACCAGGAGUUUGGGUGA